CUCCACGCAAUUCCACCAACCACAAAGCCCAUCGUUUUCUCUCUCUCUUCCUCCGAAGUCCCCUCCUCGUUGCGCUCUCUCUUCUGUCGCUCUGUCGCUCUUCCCUUGGUCGCGCAGACAGACCCACCCGAGAUUUGCUCCUCAGACCUCUCUCUCCCCUCUCUCUGUGCGUGUCUCUCUCUCUCUCCGUGCGUGCGGGAAUAGCGAGGAAGAGAUGGGUUUCUUCUCGUUCCUCGGAAGGGUCCUCUUCGCGUCCGUCUUCCUCCUCUCCGCAUGGCAGAUGUACAAUGAGUUUGCUGUUGAUGGGGGUGCCACGGCGGCUAAGGAGUUGCGCCCUAAGUUAGAUGUUGCCUUGCACCAUCUGUCCUCCAAAUUGGGAGUUGCGACGCCUGAUGUUGAUGAUUUCAUGCAGACUAGACACGUGGUCGCAUCAAUCUACGUUCUUAAAGGCCUCGGAGGCAUUUUGUUCGUGUUCGGUAGCUCCUUUGGGGCUUAUCUCCUGCUUCUUCAAUUGGUGCUCACAACUCCAAUUCUCUACGACUUUUACAACUAUGACCCAACCAAGCCCGAGUUCGAGAGUCUUCUUAAUGUCUUCACACAGAACAUGGCAUUUUUCGGUGCCCUUCUGUUCUUCAUAGGGAUGAAGAAUUCGAUUCCAAGGAGGCAACUCAAGAAGAAGAGCCCAAAAGUGAAAGCAAAUUAGAAGUGGAGGUGCAUUGAACGGUCUCGAGCGCUUCCAGUUAGUGGGGCGGGGUCUUCAUAUGGGUGGUGGGGUUUUGAGUUGGUAUGUUAUGGCAUCUCUUGCAGCAUCCCCAGGUUAUAAAACGAUUUUCGGGCUACUCUUUUUGGUACACAUUGCUGUGAUUUUUCGACUCCAAAGGUUGUUAGGAUGAUUCUCGAGUGACGGGAAUGAUGAUAUUUUGUCAUUUUGGUUAAGUCAGUCGGUUCACGAAGGCUUACUCUUCAAAGGGUUUGAAUUUAUCAUUAGAUGUUCAGGAUUCUUAAAAGGUCUCUCUUUUUAAUUGUUUGUGUUUGUGUUUGACGGAUCUUAUGCAAGACUCGAACCUGACUGGUAAAAGUUAGGGUGCUCUAGAUUUGAGGAAUAUAAAUCCUUGUGAGAAA